CCCAACGCCAGUCAAUCAAAUCAAACACCCAAAAAUGACUAAGGAAACUUACGGAAUAGAAUACACUCUGUCGUCGUCGGCCGACGAUGUCUGGGGAGCCAUCUUCGCGGCGACGUCAAUCUAUCCCAAGUUCCUCCCGGACCUCUACGAGGAAAUCAGAUCCACCAGGCGCGACGGCUACAGCCAAGGCUCCAUCCGCGAGAUCACUUAUGGCCCAGAUUUCAAGCUGGUGACGACGGCGCGCGAGGAGCUGACGAAGGUAGAUCACGGCCAGAUGACGGUGUGGUGCACCGUCGUGAGCGGUGAGUUCGUGAGCAAACACUACCGGACGUUCAAGACCGUCACGGCGGUGAAGCCGCGGGAAGGUCAAGAGGCGGGGGAACCGGGGUGUGCUGUGACGUGGAGCUGUACCCACACCGGGGAAGCAGGCUCCAUGAGCAAGGAGGCCGUUAUCAAACUUGUGAAGAAGACCUUGGAUGGCUUGGAUUCCCAUCUCCAGAGGCUGAGGGAGUAAAGCCCUAAAGCUAAAGUAUCAUGAACUACUUUGUAAUUUUUUUUAU